UCCUGGGGUUUUAGGGUAUAUUCUUCACUCCAUUCUCUUAUCCGUUUUCCUCACCUCCUCCUCUCUGUAAUGGCACUUAUCUCUCUCCAUACACUUAUAACAUCAUACUCUCCUUCCUCUACUAGCUUCCACCUCCUUCUUUCCCAUUUCCAUGGCGAAUAUCUCAGUCGAAAAAGAGCUAAAGUCAAGAGACUCUUCAUUGUAUCCGCAGCGCAUUCCAAUGCCAAAAUUCUCAAGACUAAUCGAGGCAGGUCUAGAUACGACGUCAACCUAUCGUCUUACGACAGCGACGAAUCCGGAGAUGAGGAAGAUGACAGUAGAGAUGACUGGAUUAAUGAGGAUCAAUUUGUGCCAAUGAAAGAAUUCAGCUCCAGUAAACAGAGAUACAAUUUGGGGAAUAUGACCAAAGGUAACCGUGCAGAAACAACGUGGAAUGCAAAUUUAUCGAAACAUGCUAGUUUUGAAAUUGAUGUAUCCACAUCAGUUGUUGAAGGUAACAAUGGUAGGAAUUCCUCAGGGAUGAGAAACAAUGGUGCAGUUAACAGAGAAAAUCUGAAGAAGAUGACAAGCUACUCCACAAAGACCAAGUAUCCUCGUCUGUCAGAAGAAUUAGAUUUAGACGAGAAAUGGAUUCCCCUUCUCGAUUAUCUAACCACAUUUGGACUUAAAGAGUCGCACUUCAUUCAAAUGUACGAGAGGCACAUGUCGUCCCUUCAAAUGAACGUGACGUCUGCACAAGAACGACUCGAAUACCUGUUGAGUGUCGGUGUCAAACACAAAGACAUCAGGAAGAUACUGUUGAGACAACCUCAGAUUCUAGAAUACACAGUUGAGAAGAAUCUGAAAUUGCACGUGGCGUUCUUGGAGAGUUUGGGAAUACCCAACACUAGAAUAGGGCAGAUAAUCACGGCUACCCCUUCCUUGUUUUCGUAUAGCGUUGACAAUUCUUUAAGACCGACUGUGAAGUACUUACUGGAAGAAGUUGGAAUAAAGAAGAGUGAUCUGGGUAAAGUUGUACAUCUGAGUCCUCAAAUCCUGGUUCAAAGAAUAGACAGUUCAUGGACAAAGCGAUUGAGUUUUCUGGCAAAGGAAUUGGGAGCUUCUAGAGAUAGUGUUGUAAAGAUGGUCAGAAAACAUCCACAACUCCUCCAUUACAGCAUUGAAGAUGGAUUGUUGCCCAGGAUUAAUUUUCUGAGGAGCAUUGGAAUGCGUAAUUCCGAGAUAUUGAAAGUACUAACAAGCCUUUCACAGGUUUUCUCAUUGUCCCUGGAGAACAAUUUAAAACCAAAGUACAUGUAUUUGGUCAAUGAACUUGGAAAUGAGGUUCAAUCCUUGGCCAAAUAUCCAGUUUAUCUGAGUUUGUCUUUAGACCAGAGGAUUCGUCCACGUCACAGGUUUCUGAUUGCAUUAAAAAAGGCUCCAAGGGGGCCUUUUCCUCUGAGUUCAUUCGUUCCCUCAGAUGAAAGCUUUUGCGAGCAAUGGGCUUGCACGAGUGUUGAUAAAUAUCUGGCAUUUAGGCAGAGAUUACUAGUAAGGGAGUUUGCUCACAAGAAUGAGAGAUAAUUUGAAGAUUUAUCUCAUCUGACUUAUCUAAAGAAGGAAUGCUCUUACUACACCGCCCACGUCAUAUAUAGCAGUUGUUGAGUUUGCUAUACUCAAGUUCAUAAUGAAACUUAUACGUCCAGAGAAUGUGGAGAAAAAUGCAGGGUUCUUCUCUCUGGAAUUUUUGGGUUGAGUUUACUGACUAUCUAUACCGUGUUGUAAAACAAAUAGAGUAUUCUUAUACCAUUUGAAUGAGGCUAAAUUGAAACUACUACAAUUUAUGACAAGUUUGUAGCUUUCCAACUAAUUAGGUACGUCUAAUGGUUUGUUUGUAUGUGAACUGAAUAGUGAAUACUUGUUUUUGAGAUGAGGUUCUAUAUAGAUGAGUUUAACAAUAAGUUUUGUACCUAUCUUAAGUUGAAUAGAUAUUCAUAUCG